AAUUAUUCCAUCACCGCAGACUAUUUAAGUCAGGCUCGAGUUUGAAGAGGACAUAUCAUCAGAUGCGGUGCUGAAAUAUUUUCAAGUCCUCUGCAUGGUGUAUUAGGUUAUACAACACUGCUGGAUAAAAUCAUCUAGGACAGUUAUGAAACUUGAACUAUAUUCGUGCUUUUUACUUCAUCUGUUUGUUUCCAGUGGCGCUUGGCCAAGAUACGGAAGGCCACAUCCUUUAUACAACAGAAGACAGCAGCAAAUAAAUGAAAAUAUUUUUACAAAUGCUAUUCUUCUCGGAUUAGAUUUCAAUGAAAUACUGGCAUUACAAAUGAUUUUUGGACAAGGGUAUGGCUUCGGUAAUUUUGGUCUGCCAAACAAUGGUUUUACGAUGAACGCUUAUGAACGUAAAAGAGCUAGACAGGAUAUAGACACUCUAACGGCUCUAGGGGUUAUUGAAGGCCCCGAGGAAGCGGCUUUAUUAGGUGGGUUAAAUGGCAAAAAUUCACCCGAGGCAUCGGAUAAUCCUGGUGGCAAAGAUAGAGGCGAAAAUGGUAAGAAGAAGUCACGGGCUGAAGGUGAAGGCGAAAAUGGUAAGAAGAAGCCACGGGCUAAAGGUCAAGAUAAAGGAAAGGGAAAAUCUAAAAGUAAAAGACAAAGCAAACAAGGACCUGUGUCUGGAAAGGUCAGGCUUGCAGUCCGACCUGCAAGAAGUAGCAAAGGUAGCAAAGGAAGGCAGGUGCUGUAGAAGAAGUUUAAAUUGGUGUGGCGAGUUGUUUGACAGAUGUUUGAUUGAAGCUAAUGCAGAUAGGAUGUAAGUCGAUGGUAUUUUUAUACACCAGACGAUUUAUUAGCAUUCCCUGCCACCAGUUAUAUAUAUGCACUCACUGGAACUAACGAAAAACAAAUAUGAUAUUGGUAAAUGAUUAACUUGGAAAGGAAAUAGAACAUUACAAUCAAUAAACCAUUUUUGAGUGGUUCAACUUGAUAUGGAAUACCUCAAAAGGGCUUAUACUGAGACAAAGACUUGGAUAGUAAAGCUAUUACAUGUUGCAAUAUUGCUGAUACAGAAACUGGUUAAUUGGAGAAUACUUUAAUGAGUAAAUAUCGUUUUAUUGUGACCUACUAAAUUCAGUAUCUGUAAACUUUGCAAACAAACAUCAUAAUUACGACAGGAUAGUCAGACGGUUAUCAAAUAUUUGUGUAAAAACGUAUAUGUGCAAUAAUUUCUAAAUAUCA